GGUCUCUCCGGUUUCCUGAGGGAAGCCGCCACAGAGAAACGAAAUGUUCGUAGCGCCACAGACUAGCAGCCGCUCGCCCUGACCCCGGAGUGGCGAGUGACACGGGAGGAAUCCCGGCUGCACGCAAGGCGCAAAACCCGCCAGAAGGUCAGCAAGAGAAAGAGAGGGGAGCGUCUGAGGGAGCGACGGUGGUGACGCUGCCAAGGGGGCGGUUGCGAAGGCGAGGAGCCUGAAGCGUACAAGAUGGCGGCGGCGGCGGCGGCGAGCGAGCCGUGGCGUCGUGGACGACGGCUGCGCGAGGUCCUGAUCAGCUAACUGAGCCUCCCUCGGCGGCAUGGCUCAAGGCACCGGGGUCAAAAUGCAGAGACUGGGAAAUUGGUUGGAUGGCGUGUUUCUGUAGUAUUUUGUCAUUACCACAAUAUUGAAAAUGGAUAAGUGUAAACAUGUAGGACGUUUGCGACUUGCCCAGGACCAUUCCAUCGUGAACCCUCACAAAUGGCAUUGCAUGGUAUGCAAUACUACAGAAUCUGUAUGGGCCUGCCUCAGUUGCUCUCAUGUUGCUUGUGGAAGAUACAUUGAAGAACAUGCACUAAAGCACUUUCAAGAAAGUAAUCAUCCAGUGGCAUUGGAAGUGAAUGAGCUGUAUGUUUUCUGCUACCUUUGUGAUGACUAUGUCCUCAAUGAUAAUGCAACUGGUGACUUAAAACUCCUGAGAAGCACAUUAAGUGCAAUCAAGAGUCAAAAUUAUGACUGUACUACUCGUAGUGGCAGAACUUUACGAUCAAUGGGCUCAAGUGAUGAUCUUUCACACAACAAUGCUCAAGCUGUGCUUCGUAAUGAAGACCGUAUGUUCACAGCUCUUUGGCACAGGAGGCAUGCAUUAAUGGGCAAAGUAUUUAGAUCUUGGUUUGGGUUGACACCAAGUGGGAAAAGGGUUUUGGAAGAAGAGAAAUUGAGGGAGGAAGCAGAAGAACGAAGAAUCAAUGCUCGGAAGAAAAGAGAAGAACGGAAGCGGCAGUUGAAAGAAGAAAUGGAAAAAAUGCCUCCAAGGAAGAGCUUUCGUUUGCAAAAUCAAAGUAAAGAAUUGUUAGAAAUACCACUCUGUGCACUAAAAAUGCCGCAGAAUUUGGAGUCUGCUGUUGAGCUUAAAGUAACAGCUACCUCAGAUGAAGUAAAACUGAAAAAAAUAAAUGACUCUCCAGUUAAACGAAGGCCUACUGUGACUCCUGGUGUAACAGGAUUACGUAACUUGGGAAAUACAUGCUAUAUGAACUCUGUUCUUCAGGUAUUGAGUCAUUUGCUCAUCUUUCGGGAAUGUUUUUUAAAGCUUGAUUUGAACCAAACUCAAGAGUUGUUAGCAGCUGCAGCCAAUGGCAAAACGAGGUCAUCUUCUAAAUAUCCUCCAUCUGCUAGUUCUAUUUGUCAUGUGAACAAAAGCCAUAUGAAGGGCAAGGCAUCUUCUGCAAGGCGAUCUAGUGUGUCAUCAGGCUUAAGCGGUGGAGCAUCAAAUAGUAGAAAUAUGGAACUUAUUCAGCCUAAGGAGCCAAGUUCAAAAUACAUCUCUCUUUGUCAUGAGCUACAUACAUUAUUUCAAGUCAUGUGGUCAGGAAAGUGGGCAUUGGUGUCUCCUUUUGCCAUGCUUCAUUCAGUGUGGAGACUAAUCCCAGCCUUUCGUGGUUACGCUCAACAAGAUGCUCAGGAAUUUCUCUGUGAACUUUUGGAUAAAGUGCAGCAAGAAUUGGAGACAGUUCGGACAAAAUGCCCAGCCCUCAUUCCCACUUCUCAAAAGAAACUUAUUAAACAAGUUUUGAAUGUGAUCAAUACCAUUUUUCAUGGACAACUUUUAAGUCAGGUGACAUGUCUUGCAUGUGACAAUAAGUCAAAUACUAUAGAAUCCUUUUGGGACCUCUCACUGGAAUUUCCUGAAAGAUACCACUGCAAUGGGAAGGAGACAGCCUGUCAGCAUCCGUGCUUGUUAACAGAAAUGUUGGCCAAGUUCACAGAAACUGAAGCCCUGGAAGGAAAAAUAUAUGCCUGUGAUCAGUGCAACACAAAGCGGAGAAAGUUUUCUUCAAAGCCUGUAAUACUCUCAGAAGCACAAAAGCAGCUUAUGGUAUGCCAGCUACCUCAAGUUCUGCGGUUACACCUUAAGAGGUUCAGAUGGUCUGGGCGCAAUCACCGUGAAAAGAUUGGUGUACAUGUCAGCUUUGACCAGGUGCUAAACAUGGAGCCGUACUGCUGCCGAGAAUCUCUAAAAUCCCUCGUACCUGAUUGUUUUAUCUACGACUUAUCUGCUGUUGUGAUGCAUCAUGGGAAAGGAUUUGGUUCAGGACACUACACUGCCUAUUGCUACAAUUCGGAUGGAGGAUUCUGGGUACACUGCAAUGAUUCCAAGCUCAUCAUGUGCACUAUGGAAGAAGUGUGCAAGGCCCAGGCCUACAUCUUGUUUUAUACCCAACGAGUUACUCAGGAGAAUGGACAUGUUAGGGUAUCAGGCCUUGACUCACCAUCUGGGAAAAAUCCAAAUAGUCAAAUGAAUUUUUCCAGUGCAGAUAUUAACAGCUAAUCCAAAGCACAUGUACUGUGUACAGCAAAAACUUGUCACUUGUACAGUACAUGUAUUGAAGAGUAAGUACAGUAUUGUACUAAGUAUGUCUUGUGAAAUGUGUUCAUGCCCUUUUGUACUUGCUAAACAAACUCUUUGGGGAAAAUGUUUAGUAUACUUUAUAUUGAUGGUAGGUAACUUUUCAAGUUACUAGGAUGUCUAUAUAGCUAUUUUUUUAAAAAAAUUGCCAUUUGAAUUUUAAAGUCUUACCUCAAAGCUGUUUUUCAGCAAUUUUAUAUUUUGGUGUAGGAACCAUAGAUGAGGAAUCUUGAUGAGUAAUUCUUAUGUUAUUUCGAAAUGUUUUUAUAAAAAAUUGUAUGCUUUUUUUACAUUUCUUGCAAUACCAUUGACAUUGUUCAGAGGAAUACAUUUGUUCCACAGAAUUAAAAAACCUGGUAAUGGAAUUUUGCUUGUCUCUGACUUGUAGAUUCCUAGGGAAAGUGGAAUACAGUUCUUUAUACAUAUGCCCUAAUUAUAGUGACUUAUAUACACAAUUGGUAAACUAUUGGGAAAACAACAGAGAACAGCCCAUUACUGUUAGCUCAGUAUUAAGCAUUGGCACCUAUCCAGUCAGGCUGCAGGCCUAGAUGGAAGUGUAAGGAAGGCGAAGGAAAUUUGAAUGUUCAGCAGUAUACAAAGGACAUUGUAAGUAGCUGCUGAAAUUUAAGAGCAUCCUCUCCUACUUACAUUAGUCUUUCAGCAUUCAGAUAGCCUUAUCCUGCAUACAGGUUCUGUGUAAUCCAGCAGCAAGCCAUAACAUUUGCACUGAUAAGAAAUACCAUUUUAUCUGUUGCUUUCUCCAAAAUACAUUUAAAGGGCGUUGCCGUUGUACACUGUCUUGUUUCUCUUAGUUGUCAUGGCUCAAGGGAAACGCACGCAACCUCAGAGUUGUAAUCAGUAUAGAAUAUGGUGGUGAAGUUUCUCAUGCUGAAUGUAAGUUUUUUCCCAUGGAGGUUAAUCCUAAUUGGUUAAUAAAUGUCCUGAAAGAAUACUGUUCUCUACCUGUAAAAAAAUUACAAGUCUUCAUCAUCGUUUCCUUCCCUUUUCCUUAAUUUGUAAUAGUUUCAGCCUUUUUUGAGAGACAAAUUUUAUUAAUGGAGUACUUGGCUACUGUUUCUGUGCUAUUUGUUUCACAAAUGCAGAACUGUCACAAGGCUGGUGUUGAAAACCAGAAAGGUGAAGAAAGCAGCCAUUACAGUCUUUUGUAUCUGGUUUUAAGAGGCAUAACUCAACUCCAGGUACAGCCAAGAAACUCCUUUUCAAUGGCACUGUAUAGAUAAAAUGGAAAUGAAGUGAGACUCUAUGCUCUUCUCUGCUCCUUAGAUAAUAGGUAGAAUACAGUAAAUAGAUUUCAGUGUGCCAAAUCAUGCAGCUAUAAAGUCUCAACCUGCAUCCUCUACCAAACACAAAGGACUGGUUAACGGUAGCAACUUAGCAGUAGAGGCGAUUAUUUAAAUUGCCUUUUUCAGGCUCCCUCUAAUGAGACAUUAUUAUUAUACAAUUCUUAUCACAUACCUAGUACAUGAAGUCUCCUGUAAAAAGACAUACUAUGCAGUUAUCUUGUUAGGAAUGUAGCACAACACAGUGCUCUGUGUGAUUGCCAAGUGGAAGAUCACGGUAUUAAAAAUAACAGGGCUUCUACAUGUACAAGAGGAAAGGACAACCUCUGUGGUAAAAACAAAUGAUUUUGAAUAAAAGUAAGUUGACUAUCUUCCUCAGCUGACAUAAGAGUACUGUGUAUUUCUGUCUUAUUUGGAGCAGUCAUCGAUAAAGACCUAGAACAGAGCAGAUAAGGUAAUAUCUGUCCACAUUAAAAAUGGAAGGAAAUUUUGCAACAUUAAGCAGCAAGUAGGGAUGGAACUUUUAGGGUAACCUGCAUGGAGGGGGGGGACUCACAAAAAAAGCUUUCAGUU